AUGGCGGCUAGUAUAAAUCACCUGUCGAACAAGCCUCUACAGGAGAAGGUGCUCGCCCAAGUGCUGGAGGAGCACACAGCACCAGACAACUGCGAGGCUCUUAAGGUUAAGAGUCUCAACAGUCAAAUCUGGGGAAAUGUGGGGGGACCAAUACGGGCACAAGAGGUAAAACUCCAGCGGAUACUUCGCCUCCUCACGUCGGCCAUCACAGCCUAUGCUCGUUGCGUGCAGACUGAGGAGAUGAGUACACACCAGCAGGAUGUGCUCGCAUUAAUGUGUACAACUCAGUUUGAGUUGAACAACCUUCGGAGGGAAAACAUCAGACCUGCCCUCAACCCAAAGUUUGCCGGCUUGUGCAAAACUCCAUCUAUGGAAUCGGAUUCGUUAUUAUUUGGAAACAACCUCAACAAACAGCUCAAGGAUAUGGAGGAGGCAUCCAAAACCUUCAGCCUCAUGAGGUCGGGCAACAUCACCCUAGGUUUGCUGGCUAACGACAACACCGCCAGCGUGCUGGCUAACGAUGCUGAAGGGAGGCCCAUCGCUGGGGAUGUGCACAUAUUAUUGUUGUCCGAGCACGACGUGAGGAGGGCCCUGACACAGGAGAGCGCGAGGAGAGCUGUAGACCCAGAUGGCAUCUCGGGGCGAAGGGUGUUGAGUAGAUGGAAAAAUCAGCAAAAAGAAAUGGUAGUGGCGACUGCAAUUACAAAGUUUAUCGGACAUUUGAACAAGUUUAUGGGAUGUGGCCUUCUCCUGACUGAGAUUGUGCUGUAUGAUCGGAAGACCAAACCCUGCAGAGCCCUCCUGCAGACCCUCGGCUUGAUGAUGGAGAGUGAAGGGAAGGAGAGGAGUGGGUCCGAGUACAGGAAACUCCUACAUAACCACGGCUUCACAAACGUGCACAUCAAGCACACAGGAACUAUUCUGGAUGUCAUUUUUUGCACGAAGCAGAAAUUCCUCUCACAGAAACUAACUCAGAUACCGUGCAGAGCUCCAUCUACACACGCGAAGCCCUCCCUCCCUCCCGGGUUAUGCUGGAAGUUUUGUUGCAUUCACUUUGUCAACAUGGUGACUAAAUCUUUGCUGUUAUUGGCUGCUCUUUGGACUACGAUAGUAAAUGCAGAAACCAUGGAGGAAAUAAUUAAGAGGAAUCCACCCAGAAAUAUUUCUAUAUCCCACGGAAGUCUCGGAGAGUACACCGUGUCUUGGGAAGGAAACUGCACGUGUACAGAGGGCAUGAAAUAUGAACUAAAUUACAGCUACCUCGAUUCAAAAGACCCCGAGAUGAAAUACUUUGUGAAAGAACAUCAAGAGAAGCGGGAUUUGGAAUUACACCGAGGACUACAUGCUCGAGUGAGGCUUAGAAAUGGAACAAUAACUAGCAAUUGGACUGAGAGAACGUUUAAUCUGUCAGGUGAAUUAUUCGCUUCAGUUGACAACUUGACUUGCAUUUUCUAUGGUAAGCUGUACAUGAACUGCAGUUGGGAUGUUACCGAACAUGCAUCGGAGGGUGCACAAUUCAAUUUGUCCUACAGGGAGCGAAACCCAUCCCCUGUGUACAACUGCACAGAUUACCUGGUGGAUGGAGGGAGGAACAUUGGCUGUGUCAACGAAAAUAUUCGCAUUGAAGAUACCAUCGAGAUUAUCAUCUGUAUCAGUGAAGUGAACAAGAAAGACAAAUUGCCGUAUUGCAGAAUAGUGAACCCAUACCAUUUCUUUAAACUCGACAGUCCAAUAAAUGUCAUGAUCGACAAAAGCACGGAUGAGGUCAAAUGGACACUUCCAAAAUUUGAUUUAAAUACCAAUUGUUACAUGUUUCAAUUAAACUGCACAAAUUUGAAUGAUGGAAACACAAAGGUAAGUAAGUGUUUACUUUAUCCCAGGUGUGGGAAUUUAACUAUGAUCAGCUACUCAAGUACUCGUUACUUGUGUUGCUUGGGAGUUGGGAUAAGGAUCAGGAGCGGCACGGUGGAGCAGCGGUAGAGUUGCUGCCUUACAGUGCCAGAGACCCGGGUUCGAUCCUGACUAUGGGUGCUGUCUUUACGGAGUUUGUACGUUCUCCCCGUGACCUGUGUGAGUUUUCUCCGGGUGCUCCGGUUUCCUCCCACGCUCCAAAGACGUACAGGUUUACAGGCUAAUCGGCUUGGUUAACAAAACUGGUCAUUUGUCCCUAGUGUGUCGGAUCGUGUUAACUGUGAGCGAGGGGGUCGCUGGUCUCCGCGGACUCGGUGGGCCAAUGGGCCUGUUUCAGCGCUGUAUCUCUGUAAAAUAAACUAAACUAAUCUAAGGAUGGAUGUCCCUGACACCCGCACUAAUCAAGAAUAUCUAUCUCUGCCUUAAAAAAUAUCCAUUGACUUGGCUUCCACUGCUGUCUGUGGCAAUGAAUUCCAUCGAUUCAUCACCCUCUGACGAAACAAAUUCUUCCUCAUCUCCUUCGUAUCUUUAACUGAGGCUAUUAUCUCUGGUCCUAGACUCUCCUACUUAUGGAAACAUCCAUUCCACACCAAUCUAUCCAGGCCUUUCGCUAUUCGAUAAUUUUUCAGCGUGGUCCCGCCUCAUCCUUCUAAACUCAGAAUCGAAUAUAUCUUGUGAACAAUGUGGCCCACCACAUGUAGCUGAGUCUAACUAGGAUCUCCACACAGAGAAGCCUGUCUCUGCAAAGCACGACCGAUAAUCCAUGGUCUGCAAGAUUGAUGAAACAAGUGGGAAUAAAGAACUGCAGAUGCUGGUUUGUAUCAAGAUAGACACAAAGUGCUGGAGGAAUUCAGUAAGUCAGGCAGCUUCUUUGGAGAAAAGGAAUAGGUGACAUUUUUGGUUUGUG